UUCACUCGGGGUGCUCAUUGCCUUCGGGGAGCCCAGCGGAGCCAUGGCUGAGGAGCAGAGGGACCUCAUCUCUGACCGCGGCAGCGGAGUGCUCAGUGCUGGGGACACCCAGAGGUCUGCGCUGAGGCGCAAAGCCACCUUCUCCACGCUCUCCAUCCUGGUGGCCCUGCUCAUCGCCGGCCAGGCUGUCACCAUCUACUUCGUGUACCAGCAGAGCGGGCAGAUCAGCAAGCUGACCAAGACCUCCCAGAAACUGCAGCUGGACGCUCUGCAGAUGAAGCUGUCUGCCAGUACCAAACCAGUGAAUAAGAUGAAGAUGGCCAAGGCAAACACUCCUCUGGUCAUGAGUGUCCUGCAUCCUGCACCCUUUGAAGACUUCCUGGUCAAGGCCCCUGCUAGCAAUAAAACCGAGGACCAAGUGAAGCACCUGCUGCUGCAAGCAGACCCUAGCAAGAUGUUCCCGGAGCUGAAGGACAACCUGAUGGACAACUUGAAACACCUGAGGAGCACCAUGACUCAUAUGGACUGGAAGUCCUUCGAGUCCUGGAUGCAUAAGUGGCUGCUGUUUGAGAUGGCCAAGAACCCCAAGUCAGAGGACCGCAAGGCAAUCCCAGCAGAGAAAGUGCAAACUAAGUGCCAAGCAGAGGCCACUUUUGGGGAUGAUCAGCUGGGCCGCUUCCGCCCACAGUGCGAUGAGAACGGCGACUACCUGCCCAAGCAGUGCCAUUUCUCCACCGGCUUCUGCUGGUGCUCCUAUAAAAAUGGCACCAAGAUUGAGGGCACUGAGACUCGGGGAAAGCUGGACUGCCCCGGCACUGCUCCUCCCAGUGCUGCCGGUGCCACCACAGAUCCAGAGGAGAUGAUCUUCUCCGGGGUGGACAUGCUUAAGCUGAGCGCAGGCAAAGCAGAGUAGAAGAGGAUGCCCGAAAUUGCUUUCAGCAUCCCUGCCCCUUCAGCUUCUGCCUUAUUUUCUAUUUCUUUUCUGCUCUUAUAUUGUUUUCCAAGACGGUUAACAGUGGGCAUCCCUCAGCACCCUUCCCCUGCUGCUGAGGAGCAGCCAGGAAAUUUGUUUCAACCACAUCAGAUCCAUAAAUCCUGUUCUCUUUGGCUCGACCUCCAACAGCACCCAGGCAGCAAUGCAGCUCACCCCUGUGAAGAACUUAAGCUUCCUUUCACUGAAUGAACAUUAAAAGCAGCAAAAUAACUUCCACUAGCUUCUUAACUGAUCCCCUGUAGGCUGGAGCCCUGUUAGAUUACUGGAGUAAUGGGUUUUUAUUAUGGAGUGCUCAGAUUUGUACAUAGAGAUUUGCCUACAGCCUCAGCAGUGGGUAACCAUGGGCAGAGGGGCUUCUAAUUUUCCUGAAUAGAUCUGAUUGGUCCUUUAUAAACAAUCUAAAAGAUAAUAAUCUCAAAUAAACUUUUGAAUUAAAAAAAAAGCCUUGUAAGCAA